UUACCAUUUAUGAUAGAGGGUAAUGUUAAUCCUCUCAAAUGGAGGGUGAACAGAACUUAACUUUAGAGAGAGAAGGCAGGUCACAUGUCUCGCUCGUAAUUCGGCAGGCAGGUGUUUUACAUUACAUAUAUGUUGACCACGUUGCGUGACACUUGUCUUUGCAUGAUGCCUUGCUCAUCCCCUCCCCCAUCUCUCACCCCUUCCCAUGGCUUCGUGUCAUGACUCAUGCCUAUCUACUAGUAGUACUUACAACAUUUCUGGACCUCUCUCUCUCUCUACUAACUAAUAACUUAAAAUUCCAAGGGGAAAAAAAUCUCUUAAUUAUCGUUCGAGAUCAUAUAUACUGGAGUAGUACAUCAGGAAGUAUAUAUAUAUACACACACACACACUCCUACUAUAUAGAGUAUCAUACUCGCUAGCUGGGUAGUCAAAACUCACACCAUGGUUCAAAGAACGGUAAUAUUCAGAUGGGGCUUGCUUCUGCUAGUGGCUUUACUACUGGUUGCUAAUAUAAGUAGCAGUAUUAGUGCCUCUGGCAUAGGCGGGGAAGAGGGGGAGGAGUACGUGGAGGGGAAGGUGAAAACCGAAAAGGCACAACAGAAGGCAGCAGAGGCAGGAAAGGAGGCCAAAGAGGCAUCGGAGUCCUGGGCGGGCUGGGCUAAGGAAAAACUCUCAGAAGGCCUAGGUUUCAAGACCAACAACGACGAGGACGAUGCUGCCAAGCUUACCAAAGACAAAAUUCAAGGAGCUGGAGAAUACAGUACGGAGAAAGCACGAGAAGUGAAAGAUGCUGCAGCUGAGAAAGCCGCCUCUGUGAAAGAAACAGCUUCACAGAAAGCCGCAGAAUCAAAGGAAAAGGCAGAGGAGGCUAAGCAGAAGGCCUAUCAGUCUACAGAAGAGACUAAGGACAAAACAUCUUCAAAGAUCAAGGAAGCGCUGGAGAAGGCAUACCAGGCAGCCUUAGAGGCCAAGGACAAGGCAUAUCAAAAUUUGUUAGGGGCAAAAGAGAAGGCAUCUCAGAAGAAGGAACAUGUGGCACAGGAGGUGUAUAAGAAGGCGCAGGAAGCUUAUGAUGAGGCGUGCCGUAAGGUCGAAGAAGCUAAAGAAGCGGCUAUGGAGAAAGGAGUGGAGCACUUGAGUUGGGUCAAGGAGAAAACCAAAGAGGGGUGUGAAGCUGUCGACUCUGCAAAGGAGACGAUAGCAUCCAACUACGAAGCUGCCAAGCAGAAAUCUAAAGAGAUGAAAGAUAACCUGGCCGGAAAAGGAGGAAUCCGGGAUGAGGAACUCUAAACAAUUGCCUGUGGCUGUGGGGGAUCAUAUAUCUAUAUAUAGUUGCACAAUUGCAGUAUUGAGUAACUAGUGACAAGUCUCCGUUUUGCGCUUCCUAUCAUCUGUUAUCUAUGGAGUAGUACCAUUGUCUACGUUAUUAGGUUUGGAGAUGUAGGUGUUUGUGGUUUCUGUCUCUUUUAUUUCAUGCAUCUUAGUUAUCUAUUUAUGCUUUUGUAAACCUCAUGUAGUUGAAGUUUGUACCCUCCUGUUCUGUCUCUUUUACUUGUUUGGGUAAUUUCAGUUUUUGUUGUGUGUC